AUGGCCGAAGCGCGCACAUCUCGGUGGUACUUUGGGGGGCUGGCCUCCUGCGGAGCCGCCUGCUGCACGCACCCGCUAGACCUGCUCAAGGUGCACCUCCAGACACAACAGGAAGUAAAGCUGCGCAUGACGGGAAUGGCGCUGCAGGUGGUGCGAACCGAUGGCUUCCUGGCGCUCUACAAUGGCCUGAGCGCCUCGCUGUGUAGGCAGAUGACCUACUCCCUGACUCGGUUCGCUAUCUACGAGACCAUGCGGGACUACAUGACCAAGGACAGCCAGGGGCCUCUCCCCUUCUACAGCAAGGUGUUGCUGGGCGGCAUCAGUGGUUUAACUGGAGGCUUCGUGGGGACCCCAGCAGAUUUGGUCAAUGUCAGGAUGCAGAAUGACAUGAAGCUGCCCCUGAGCCAGCGACGCAACUACUCUCAUGCCCUGGAUGGUCUGUACCGUGUGGCCCGUGAAGAAGGCCUGAGGAAGCUCUUCUCGGGUGCAACCAUGGCAUCCAGCCGCGGGGCCCUGGUCACUGUGGGCCAGCUGUCCUGCUAUGACCAGGCCAAGCAGCUGGUCCUCAGCACUGGGUACCUGUCUGACAACAUCUUCACUCACUUUGUCUCCAGUUUCAUUGCAGGCGGAUGUGCCACAUUCCUGUGCCAGCCCUUGGAUGUGUUAAAGACCCGCUUGAUGAACUCUAAGGGCGAAUAUCAGGGUGUUUUCCACUGUGCAAUGGAGACCGCAAAGCUUGGACCACAGGCCUUUUACAAGGGCCUCUUUCCUGCGGGCAUCCGUCUCAUCCCCCACACUGUACUCACCUUCAUGUUCCUGGAGCAGCUCCGGAAGCACUUUGGCAUCAGAGUGCCAACCUGACCCCACCACGGACACCUGGGCCAUGCUCGGUCACUGUGCUGAGCUCCCUGGAAGCGUGGGAGGGGAGCAGACUCCCCUUCUUGGCCUGGGCCCCUGCAGGCUUGUUGCUCCCACCCUUGGGCUGGCUAGGCCUCCUUACCCUGCCUGGGCCAGGGCUUACUUCAGUGGCCUUUGUCCCUUCCAUAGACCCACUGGACUGGAACCUGCCCUACAUGUUCGCAGGCUCUCCCCAUUGGGCUUUUGCCCUGUCUUCCCACCCCAUGAUUCACUCAGGAGAAGAGGUCUGGCUCAGACUGGUAUUGCUGUCUCCACCUCCCUAGCUGCCCUGCCUGUCAAGCAGGAGGAAGCUGACCACUUCCUGCUCCCAGCUGGCCCUCUGUUCAUUGAGCAGCGUCCACCCAGAACCUACAUGGUGUGGAGGGUGUGACCAUGGCAGCUUCUGCUUACCCAACAACUGGAGCACGCACGCACUUUUAUCACGAGAGGGACCAUCAUGUAGCACCCUUGAAGGUACUGCCUUCAGGAGAGGGAGCAGGCAGCAGGAACCACCAUCCAGCACAUUUCAUGACAGUGGAGUCCAGAGAAAGUGCCUGAGGUUCCCUUGGGCACUUGCCACACGCAGCCACGGCCAUCAGAAACUGUCCCUCGCACAUGUGUGCUCUCCCUAGCUUGGCUUCCCUGGGGGCAGGGGGAGCAUGCUGGCAGAGCUGGGGCCAUGAUGGCUUGUAUGUGCCCGACAGGGACUUGUCUUGUUAUAUGGCAGUGGUUACCCCUCUCCAUCCCCCAGGCACCUUCAAAGCAGCCUGCCUGGUUCUCCCCAAACAGUGUUGGGUACAGGGCAUGAGGUUGGGCUCUGUGCCCAUUCCUCCCUAGCAGGACCCGGGGGCACUGCCUGCACCCACCCCUCUUCCUUCAGGGUCUAAUAAAGCAAGUGGCCUGGGGGCCUUCAUGUCUCCCUGCACCUCACCUCCAA